UUUAAUGCAGUACCGUGUCGCUUUAAAACUUCUGACAAAAAGCCCAUAUGAUCCCUGAGCUCCAAUCACCAAUUCCUUCUGCAAAAGCAGCCUCUGCAUUUUUGUCUGUCUGAAUGCUAGGAAGGCGAAAAAAGAUUGAGGAGAAGAAGAAACUGAAGAAAUGUGAAAAUCCAACGAACAUUUUCAUGGCCAACGGAAGUCGAUGCAUAAGGAGUUAUACUGGGACUCCUUAUUGCCUCGAAACCUCCGAUCAAAAUGCUCAUAGUAGAGAAGACAUCAGACUUCCCGUCAGCUGAGUUCUCUGUGGUGGAGGAUGUGACUCUUCAUUUCACCUGUUUGAUGGACAGGCUGAACGAGCAGCGUCUCUUCCAGCCUGACCUCUGUGAUGUGGACAUUGUGUUGGUGCGCCAGCGCAGUACCUUCCCUGCCCACAAGGGGGUGCUUGCGGCCUACAGCCCCUUCUUUCACUCCCUGUUCUCCCAGAGCAAGCAGCUGCGCCGUGUCGACCUGUCUCUGGAUGCCCUCAGCUCCCAGGGCCUACAGCAGAUCCUUAACUUCAUCUACACCUCCCGUCUGUUGGUCAGUAGCCGUAGCGUCAGAGACGUGCUCAACGCCGCCACCCUGCUGCAGAUGACGGACAUUGCAGCUUCUUGCCGUGACCUCAUCAGCAGCCAAUCGCUAAGGGCCGCGGUAGACAACCUGGCCAAUCAGGAUGGCCUGGGAGAUCCUGAUUCCAUGACAACGACCCCCGGCAGUCAGCUGUACCGGGAGAUCAAGCAGGAGGCAGAGUUAGGGAGGGCAGAGUUAGAGAGGGUGUACACUCGGGAGGGGAACAGCCCUUUCUCUGUGAGGGUGGAAGACGGACAUGGAAAGGGCCAGCAGCAUCACCCUCCCUCCUCCCAGAUCUCCUCCCAGUCCCAGGCCAAGCAGUACUACUACCAACAAGAGGACAGGGAGAGUGGGGGAGGAGGAGGGAGGGGUCUGUUUAAGCUGGAGGGGGGCGGGGAGCAGAUCAUCGUAGAGGUCAACCUGAAUAACCAGACACUCAACGUCUCCAAGGGGUCAGAGAGCAAGGCUGUCGCCACAUAUACCACCGCCAUGUUCACCCGCUCCCAUGGUGACCAGAGGAACGAGGAGGAAGAGGAGAACAAGGAAAAGGAUGAUGAUGAUGGGCAGGUCGGGGAGGAUGAAGAGGAGGAGGAUGAAGAGCAGAGAGAGAGAGGGGAGGAGAUGGAGAACAGCAGUGAAGAGGAUGAAGAGGAGGAAGAGGAAGAGGAGAACAAUGAUAUGAACAUACCAGCAGAGGAGUCUAUUAUGAUGAACAGGCCUCGUCCGGGGCCUAGAACCCUGGAGGUCGCCACGACAACCAUGCGGCAGACCCUUGGUGACGCCACCCUUGCCAACCGUCACCAGGGCAGGAAGAGGAAGCAGAAUCCUGAGAGUGUAGGUCAGAUGGUCAGACUGGAGGAGAAGCAACACUUCCCCUGUAAGAAAUGUCCCAGAGUCUUCAACAACCGCUGGUAUCUGGAGAAACACAUGAACGUCACUCACAACCGCAUGCAAAUCUGCAACAAAUGUGGAAAACGCUUCCUUCUGGAGAGUGAACUACUACUGCACCAUCAGACCAACUGUGAGAAGACUAUACAGUGUGUAACGUGUGGCAAGGCCUUUAAGAAGCUCUGGUCUCUCCAUGAGCACAACAAGAUUGUUCACGGUUACGCUGAGAAGAAGUUCUGCUGUGAGAUCUGUGAGAAGAAGUUCUACACCAUGGCCCACGUCAGAAAGCACAUGGUUGCCCACACCAAGGACAUGCCGUUCACCUGUGAGACGUGUGGGAAGUCAUUCAAGCGGGGCAUGUCGCUAAAGGUUCACUCUCUACAACACUCUGGAGAGAAGCCCUUCAAGUGUGAGAACUGUAACGAGAGGUUCCAGUAUAAGUAUCAGCUGCGCUCCCACAUGUCCAUCCACAUCGGACACAAGCAGUUCAUGUGCCAGUGGUGUGGCAAGGACUUCAACAUGAAGCAGUACUUUGAUGAACACAUGAAGACACACACUGGAGAGAAGCCGUAUAUCUGUGAGAUCUGUGGGAAGAGUUUCACCAGUCGUCCCAACAUGAAGCGUCACCGCCGGACCCAUACGGGGGAGAAGCCGUACCCUUGCGAGGUGUGUGGUCAGAGGUUCCGUUUCUCCAACAUGCUCAAAGCACACAAGGAGAAGUGCAUCCGGGUCAGCAACCCCAUGGUAACUGACAACAACGACUCGCUGGGCAUCGACCCCCCCUCCCCAACUGUUUCUGCGGACCCUGCUGCGAUUGGUCAGGUGGUUUUAGGGGCGGUGCUCCCGGGGGCAAUGCACCACCAUGCCACGCCCCUCUCCCUCCCCCUGAUCCACUCCCUGGGGGGCUGCCCCACACCCCCGCCCCCCACCUCCCCCUUUUCCACCCUUCUUCUCUGGCAGGAUGGGCUCCAACAUCUAGCUAACGCACUCCGCUCUGCUAACAGACCAGACCGCUAUCAUCCAUCUACUCUACAACGCUCUGCUAACAGACUGCUAGCAUCCAUCUACUCUACAACACUCUGCUAACAGACUGCUAGCAUCCAUCUACAACACUCUGCUAACAGACCAGACUGCUAGCAUCCAUCUACUCUACAACACUCUGCUAACAGACUGCUAGCAUCCAUCUACUCUACAACACUCUGCUAACAGACUGCUAGCAUCCAUCUACUCUACAACACUCUGCUAACAGACCGCUAGCAUCCAUCUACUCUACAACGCUCUGCUAACAGACCGCUAGCAUCCAUCUACUCCACAACACUCUGCUAACAGACUGUUAGCAUCCAUCUACUCUACAACGCUCUGCUAACAGACUGCUAGCAUCCAUCUACUCCACAACACUCUGCUAACAGACCAGACUGCUAGCAUCGAUCUACUCCACAACGCUCUGCUAACAGAUGGCUAGCAUCCAUCUACUCUACAACACUCUGCUAACAGACUGCUAGCAUCCAUCUACUCUACAACACUCUGCCAACAGACCGCUAGCAUCCAUCUACUCUACAACAUUCUGCUUACAGACUGCUAGCAUCCAGUCAGCCAACCCCCCCCCCCCUCCCCGGACCCCCUGAAGUACUCAGACUAUCUAUGAGAGGAGGGGGAUUUACAGGAGCAGAGCGAGACAUGGAUGGAAGGAGGAUUCCUUCAUAUAACCACAUCUCAGUCUAAAGACCAAGGCAUCUUUACUCGGCUCUGGUCUCUGUGUGGAUUCUGCAGUCUGAAGACCAAGGCAUCUUUACUCGGCUCUGGUCUCUGUGUGGAUUCUGCAGUCUAAAGACCAAGGCAUCUUUACUCGGCUCUGGUCUCUGUGUGGAUUCUGCAGUCUAAAGACCAAGGCAUCUUAACUCGGCUCUGGUCUCUGUGUGGAUUCUGCAGUCUAAAGACCAA